UAAGUCUGGUUACGUGGGACAUGGUGGAAUAACCGUACGAGAAUCUACGAGCAGACGAACUGUCAGAAGGAUGACAACAACAAAUUAUUUGGAUUUGGAUAUCAAUAAAUUAUUUGAGGAGCACACGAUCAAAGAGAUCGAGGCGAUUCAGAAAAAAAUCCAGCAUGAAAGUGACAGAAAGAAAAUUGAACUUAGGACACUGGUUGGAGAACGGUAUCGUGACCUGAUAUUGGCUGCAGACACAAUUGGGAAAAUGAAGAUAACGUCCGAACGUGUUAUCUCAAGGAUUGCUAAUAUAGAAGACAAGUUUGGAGAGUUGCAGAAAAAAUAUUUGAUCGGUUUUAAAAUAGAUCCAAAUGAGAACGAAAAUGAGAGGAACGUGGAAGGAAUCCAAGACUCUGUCAUCAUUCAAAUAAAAAUCCUAAUGGAUAUACCGCAGUACAUUUGGUCUAACAUAGAAAACAAAGAUCUCCUGUUCGCCACGCAGUUGUACCUAGUAGCGCAACACAUAAAUUAUAGUCUACUAUUCGAAGUAGGAAACACAGAGCUGUCUAUUAAAUAUCCCAUUGUAUCUAAGCAAUGGGACGUUAUUAGUCACUUCAAAAAUAUCAUAUUUAACGAAUGUAACAAUGUGCUGGAGUCACUGGAUGUACAACCAGAGAGCAUUGCGAAUUGCUUGGCAGCACUCGUAUUACUAAACGGAACCUCGUUCCCAGACUUAUUGGAGAAAUUAAUAUCGAUGCGUAAUCACGCGAUUCGAUCUGUCGUAACUGACGAGAACGACAGCAGCGUGAAAACUAAAAUAAAAUCGUGCAUCGAGAUAUUAAUUCAAACGAUCAAUCUGAUUUAUUCUUGUUUCAUAACUACGGAAAAUCAAUCGGAGGGCCUCGUCUCGCAGUAUUUGACAAGAAUUCAAGACCAGGAAGCGUAUUCUCUGCUUUCUCAACUGGAUUUGAAUCAAGAAUUACUAAUGGAAUUUCUGCCGGCAGUGACGAAACAGCAUAAACCGUUCGCUGUACAAACUUCUGAGAACUUUUCUAUAUCCGAUAUUCAAAGGAGCAUCAAAUUCUGGCUCGACUGGGUCGCCGAAUUUUCUAAUCGCGAGAUCACGAAACUUUUGAAUCUAAUAAUAUCCAUCAAAGGCUUGUACUACGUUCGCGAGGAAGCAGUCAGUAUCAGCCUGCCUGAGAAUUGGAAUUCAAUAUGGGAGAAACUUUCUUUGCCAAGGAUAACUUUUUGGGUGGAAUUCUUCCAACCCUUAAUAUCCAGCCGAGUUAAAAGUAUAAUAAAUGAUAAAUGGGCGGAAGCUGUGACCACGUUAAAAUCCGACGUGGUCGAUUUACUAGCCAAAGUAAUAAACGAGAAGUUCGAAUAUCCGGAACACGAUUUGCGAUGGUUUAUCUGGAAGGAUUCUCCGAGCGAUAUUCCGCAGAAGCUCAGCAAGAAUGGAGGCUUAGACAAUAAGAGAUCUCUACUGAUGAAGACCAAAGGAUAUUCACCGAAUAUUCUCAAAUUAUGCGAACAUUUUGAUACGAACUUACAUGCUCUACUCGCGGAUCUCGAGCAAUACUUAUACGAAACGGAACGCGUGAUGUCGAUCAAGGAAAACUUAUUAUCUACGAACAUAUCUUUGAUAUCUGAUACGUUUUCCGAUCGCACGGAGAUUCAAGAACAUCUACAGAUCAUCAGCACUAAUAUGAUCGACGAUGUUAUCAAUUUUACGAAGACCACGUGCGUCAACGAAAAACCGGAACACGGUCAGCGUGAUAUAAACGCGAUCGUGAUGGCCAGAUUCCUUUUAGCAUUGACGACGCUUAGCUCAAAUUUAAAUAAGUGCUUCACGCUCUCAAAAGUCUCCGGAUUAACCAUUACGAACCUUAAAUGGCAGACGGUCUGUGAUAAAUUGAAAGACGAGAGUAUUUCCGUCUGGUUGAUCUGGGCGAGAACGUAUAAAGCUAAGAUAAGCGAGCAUAAGAAUAAGUUUGUAUCAAAAGAACUGUUGAACGGUUACCCGAUACAUUUAAUCGUAUCGGAAUGGGAAAAGGUAACGAUCGAAGAAGACUCCGGCGAAGGCAAGAGGAUAAAAUCUGAGAUUCUAGUACCGUAUCAGCCGUCCAUACAACAACAAAAAUUCCUAACGGCGGUCAACAAAGAUUUAAAUAAAAUAAUACCACACACACUUCCGAAGAAAGUGUUACACGAAAUUAUAGAACACGUUGCAGCGGAAUUGUUGAACUAUUAUCUAACUACGUCCAGUAAAGUGAAUCUUUCACAGAAACAAGCCUUCCAAGUACUGUUCGACAUCAAAUAUUCUAGUUUACUCAUGAUACCAAGAGAGAACAAAAAUCUGUCCGAUCUAUCGAUUAAAGCCUGCGACAAUGUACUCUCCAAAAUCGAUCCGUUCGAUUACGACCUUUUCAAUCCCUUCAUUCACACCAACGUGAAGAAAAGCGUUCAAAGAUCUCUGCUUAUAUUCGGCAAUCUAGUGCCUCAUUUGGAACAAUUGCACUCGAUUUUGGGUGCACGAAGCGAGUAUACUAACGUUGAGGGUGUGAAAUCAGAUUUACCAUCGGUGCUUGCAUUGUGCACAGGUGCACCUUGGUUCCCACCCCUGACAGUGACCGCCCCGGCAAGGAAUUUACCCCUCGUCGCUGUCACUUUGCCCGAGAAAGCACAGCGAAAGAAGCCGACCAAAGAAAAUACGAAAAGCGAUUCUGCUGGAGCGACUAUAAAAUCCGGUGCAGCCGCAUUUUUCGGAGCCAUGGGCUCCGAUUGGUUCAGUAGUAGCUAAUUUAUUUAUUUAACGCGAACUGUAAAUAUCUUACUACGUGUAUUGUACAAUAAGCUAGGCAUGCCGUGUAAAUACCGUAAGAUCGCCUUUCGACAGAACUUGUCAGUAUUGAAUAAAAUAUUUUAUACACUCUCAGA